AAAAUGUGGAAAUUCUAAAAAUAAGAAUUUGUUCAUGUAUAUAUACAAAAGGCGGAGAGAAACACAACGAGAGCUAAGAUUUCGCAACAGAGAAGAAGAUAGAUAAAACAAUGGUGGCUGUUCAGUUAUUUAGCUGGAAGCCAUUGUUUCUACCUUCACAAGCUCUGAGACGGGAUCGAAUCCCAUCUUUUAACAGGAGAUUGAGUUUAAAGUCUCUACCUUUGGGUGGGAUUGAGUCUUUUAGAUGCCGAGGGACCUUCAAGGUCAGGUGUCAAAAAACAGGAGACGCAAAGCCGUCUACUGCCAACCUCGGUUUUUUGAAGGAUCUUAGUUCCAAAUUCCAUAAGAGUCUUCCAUAUAAACUUGUGAUAGGAUGCAUCCCACUGUAUGCGGCGUUCAAAGUAAUGCAAAAGAUAUGUCAAGAGCUUCCCGGCCUCAUUCAGAACUCAGUGGGGACUGGCUUGGCUUUUGCUUGUGCAUCGAACUCUCUAAAUAAACCUACUCCUCUUAAGUUGGACGUGUCUGUUCCUUCUUUACAUGAAAUCAAAUGGAGUUUUGCAAGGUUUCUUUACCUAUUCAAUAUCCAGCUUGAGAAGAACAUAGCCACGUUCCUUGUGGUGCUCCUUGUAGCAUGCAUAUCGUUUGUUGUAAUCGGGGGAUUCCUAUUUCACCAGUUCAGGAAAGACAAUCAACCCAUAGAAGACUGUUUCUGGGAGGCCUGGGCAUGUCUCAUUUCCUCUUCUACUCAUCUGAAGCAAAAGACACGCACGGAAAGAGUCAUUGGAUUUGUCCUAGCCAUUUGGGGAAUAUUGUUUUACUCUCGGCUUUUAAGCACAAUGACGGAACAAUUUCGGAGUAAUAUGCAAAGGCUGAGGGAAGGGGCACAAAUGCAAGUCCUAGAAGCUGAUCAUAUCAUCAUUUGUGGAAUAAACAGUCAUCUGCCUUUCAUACUAAAGCAACUGAACAGUUAUCAUGAGCAUGCUGUCCGCUUAGGUACUGCUACAGCUAGGAAGCAGAGACUUCUGCUUAUGUCUGAUACUCCAAGGAAGCAGAUGGACAAGCUAGCUGAGGCGUACUCUAGAGAUUUCAAUCACAUUGACAUCCUUACGAAGAGUUGUAGUCUUAACAUGACAAAAUCGUUUGAGAGGGCUGCCGCUUGUAUGGCGCGGGCCAUCAUCAUACUACCAACGAAAGGUGAUCGGUACGAAGUUGAUACAGACGCAUUUCUUUCUGUAUUAGCCCUUCAACCUAUACCAAAGAUGGAAUCUAUCCCAACCAUUGUAGAGGUAUCAAGCCCUAGUACAUAUGAUCUUCUCAAGUCCAUUUCGGGACUGAAAGUGGAGCCGGUUGAAAAUGUUACGUCCAAAUUGUUUGUACAAUGCUCUCGUCAAAAGGACUUGAUAAAGAUCUACAGGCACCUGCUAAAUUACUCAAAAAAUGUAUUUAAUCUUUGUAGCUUCCCUAAUCUAGCUGGGAUGAGGUAUAGACAGUUAAGACUAGGGUUCAAGGAGGUUGUGGUAUGUGGCCUUUUACGAGAUGGGAAAGUAAAUUUCCAUCCAAAUGAUGACGAGAAGCUCAAUGAAACCGACAAAGUAUUGUUUAUUGCGCCUCUCAAUUGGAAAAGGAAGCAACUUCUAUAUACAGACAUGGAAAUUGAGAACAUUACAGUAGAUGAGCCUGAUACUCGGAAGCAAGUGUUUGAGAAGAAAAGAUCACGGCUAGAGAAGAUUAUAAUGCGUCCUAGUAAGUCUUUAUCGAAGGGAUCAGAUUCCGUCAAAGGACCCAAAGAAUCUAUACUUUUACUUGGUUGGCGUGCAGAUGUUGUUCAUAUGGUUGAGGAGUUUGAUAACUAUCUUGGUCCGGGCAGUUCAAUGGAGAUACUAUCAGAUGUACCAUUAGAGGACAGAAGUAGGGUGAGCGAUGGUAUAGGUUCAGGGAAAAUCAAGAACAUCAAAGUUUCACAUAGGGUUGGGAAUCCUAUGAACUAUGAGACGCUUAAGGAAACUAUAAUGCAUAUGCAAAGUAAAUAUAGGAAAGGUGAAGAUAUUCCUUUGACCAUCCUUGUGAUAUCGGAUCGAGACUGGCUUCUUGGAGAUCCAUCUAGAGCAGACAAACAAUCCGCUUACUCUCUUCUCCUCGCUGAAAGCAUCUGCAACAAGCUUGGAGUGAAGGCACAAAAUCUAGCUGCAGAAAUCGUUGACUCAAAACUCGGCAAGCAGAUAACCGGAAUCAAGCCGUCCUUAACACUUAUAGCAGCAGAGGAAGUAAUGAGCCUUGUAACAGCACAAGUUGCUGAAAACAGCGAAUUGAACGAGGUGUGGAAGGACAUAUUAAACGCAGAGGGUGAUGAGAUCUACGUAAAGGACAUUGAGCUGUACAUGAAGAAGGGAGAGAACCCUUCAUUUACCGAGCUCUCGGAGCGAGCUUGGCUUAGGAGAGAAGUCGCCAUAGGCUACAUAAAAGGCGGUAAAAAGGUAAUCAAUCCGGUUCCAAAGACAGAACCUCUCUGCCUCGAAAUGACAGACUCAUUGAUUGUUAUAUCAGAGCUUGAAGGAGACCAACCCAUCAUACUAUGAAAAUAUACACACAUUCAUGUAAUAGGUUAUUACACACCAAGCGACAUUGGGGGGUAAAGGACACUAACUCACAACUGCAAAGCAUCAGAAUAAGUCGUUGAUUUUGUACAAAGAAACAAAUCCUGUUUACGUCGAUGUCUUCUUUGUUCAUUUGGGAGAUCAUUUGGUCAUAAUUUUUUUUCUUUCUUAUUUAAAUUAAAAAGCCUAUAUGUCUGUUGAGUCUAUGCUCUUUAUAGAAUUGAAUAAAUCAUACCUUCUUCUUCCAUAGAACUCUGUGAUAACGGCUAAAGCCUUGGCGAGGCUCUUCCUAUUCAUUGCUUAUUACAGUUCGG